UGCACAACAGGUUUCUUGUUGUUGUUGUUGUUAAUUAUAAAUGUUAUUCAACUAAUUUAAUUAUGGAUAAGUUAAUAAUUUUAUUGUUAUUUUUAACUCUAUUAUUAAAUCCAAUUAAAUCAAAUGAUUCACAGUGUUCAAUUGACAGCACAGAAUCAUGUUUACAAAAAAAUGUCAAAACAUCAUCAAAAUUAUCAAUAAAAGACAUAGAUAAUAAAUACAAAAAAUUUUAUGAAGCUAUAAAUAAUGCUGAAGAUAAUUAUCAAGAAUGUGAAUUAAAAAAAUGUGGUUGUUUUAAAAAUGUUAUUAAUAAUGAUUUAAAAACAUUUAAAAAAGAUGGAAUUAGUGAAAAAUUAAUUGAACAAUCAAGACAAAGAGGAACAAUUUAUCAAAUUAUAAAUGGUAGUUUGUAUAGAUCAAAAGAUUGUAUGUUUCCAUCAAGAUGUGCUGGUGUUGAGUAUUUUAUUAAAAAAAUAAUAAACAACAUGACAAAUAUUGAAUUUGUAUUAAACACAAGAGAUUAUCCUCAAUCCAACAAAAUAUUUGGUCAAUCAUUGCCAAUUUUUUCAUUCAGUAAGACUUUAGAGUAUUUUGAUAUAAUGUAUCCAGCUUGGUCAUUUUGGGAAGGUGGUCCAGCAAUAUCAUUGUAUCCACGAGGUCUAGGAAGAUGGGAUCAACACAGAAAAUCACUAAACAAUGCUGCUGAUAAUAAUGAAUGGAAUAAUAAAAUUGAUAAAGCAUUUUUUCGUGGAUCAAGAACAAGUGAUGAACGUGAUAAUUUAGUUUAUUUAAGUAGAAAUAAACCAGAUUUAGUUGAUGCACAAUAUACGAAAAAUCAAGCAUGGAAAUCAGAUAAAGAUACACUUGGUAGACCACCAUCAUCAGAAGUUUCACUAGAAGAUCAUUGUAAAUAUAAGUAUUUAUUUAAUUAUCGUGGUGUUGCUGCAUCAUUCAGACAUAAACAUUUAUUUUUAUGUAAUUCAUUGGUAUUUCAUGUUGGAGAUGAAUGGCUUGAAUUUUAUUAUGAGUCAAUGAAACCUUGGAUUCAUUAUAUUCCAGUUGAAAAAAAUGCCAGUCAAGAUGAAUUGGAAGAUCUCAUAACAUUUGCCAAAGAAAAUUAUAGUAUAUCCAAAAAAAUUGCUCAACGUGGAAGAGAUUUUAUUUGGUAUAAAUUACGAAUGGCUGAUGUAACAUGUUACUGGAAAUCAUUACUUAAAAAAUACUCAAAGUUAUUAACAUAUCAAGUCAAAUUAAGACCUGAUUUGAUAAAAUUGACUUAA